AUGGAAGUAUUGUAUCCGUGUACAUGUAAAUUAAAUGAGUCUGAGGAUGCGACACCUCAAACUGUAGAAUUAAAGCCUGGAAAGUAUUUGGUCGAACUUUGGGGUGCAAGUGGUGGAUGUAAUGAGACAGAGCGAAGUGGUAAAGGUGCAUAUGUAUGGAUUCGUCUAAAUCUCGUUGAAUCGAAAACUUUUACACUCUUUAUUGGUGGAACUUCGACUUUUUCUAAUAUAACUAUGGUGAAAGGCGGUUGCAACGGCGGUGGUGAUUCAUUUCAAGGUAACUAUAAGAAUGGUCGAGCUCUGAUCGCCGGAGGUGGUGGUGGAUCUACUUCAAUAGGUCUGUCACUUUUUGAUUCCGAUCGAAUUGCCGUUGCAGCUGGUGGAGGUGGGUGUGGGUGCGAUGGCAGUGGUGGGAAUGCCGGUGGAUUAGUUGGCUUUGAUGGUACAUCAACUUUGGCAUCUAAAAAAGGGCGAGGUGCCAAUCAAGAAGGCCCUGGUAUCGGAGUAUAA